AUCGGCAUGAGAAGCAUGGCUUCGACCGGUGCAAAUAUCGUCCAAAAUGUGUCCUCCUUGUCUAAAUUGAAGUCUUUGAAUGGAAUAUUUGCCAUUUAUAAAAAAUGCGGACCAACAUCUGCUGAUGUGUUAAACUCUUUGAAAGAGAAACUCUUGAAAGAGGCUGGCGUGGCAAAUCCCAAUCCCCGUAAAAGGAAAAAACAAGCCCUGAAAAUCGGUCAUGGUGGCACUCUGGAUAGCUCAGCCUCUGGUGUUCUCGUUGUUGGGAUAGGAGAAGGCACGAAGAUGCUCACCACCAUGCUUGCAGGUUCAAAGAAAUACAGAGCGGUGGGAGAGUUGGGCAAAGCCACGGACACACUGGAUGCCAGCGGGACUGUAGUGCACGAGAAGAGCUAUGAGCACGUGACCCGGGAGGCCCUGGAGGAGCAUCUGCAGAAGUUCACCGGAGACAUCAUGCAGGUCCCUCCUCUCUACUCGGCUCUGAAGAAGGAUGGCAAGCGUAUGUCUGUGCUACUGAAACAGGGUCAGGAGGUGGAGGCCAAGCCUGCCCGGCCCGUCACCGUCUACAACCUCACCGUCACGGACUUCAGCCCGCCACUCUUCACCCUGGACAUAGAAUGUGGUGGCGGUUUCUACGUCAGAAGCUUGGUGGAUGACCUUGGAAAAGCCCUGUCGUCCUGUGCUCACGUGCACGAGCUGGUGCGCACCAAGCAGGGCCAGUUCACCCUGGACGAGCACGCGCUGAAGGAGGAGCAGUGGACCCUGGAGCGCGUCAGCGCCGCCCUGCAGGCCUGUCCCCCGACCGCAAAGCCCCAGCCUGGGCAACACAGCAAUGCAAAGCACAACAACAACAACAACAACAACAGCAGCAGCAACAGCAAUACAUUGCCACAGCCCGGCACACCAGAGCAGCCCAAAGAUGAUAGAGCUGACGGAGCCAAUAACAAGGACUGAUCAGCAGGGGGAGCUCCAGAGCCAGUGUCUGUCACUCACUCCGUCAGCAGGCCUAAGGCAUUCUGAGGCAUUCUGAGGUGGCGGUGGAGGAGGAGGAGGGUGGUUGUUUUGCUGGCUGCGCUGACGUGCUCUGACUGCGGUGGUCUCCACCCUAAGCGUGACCUUUCGAGUUCAUUUAGGUCGCCUGCAGUAUUCCCAACCGUACGAGGCAGCUACAAGGAGCCCUCAAAGAAGUUGUUUGGGUCCAAAAUCAGAUACGUUUGAGGCCGAAUUUUUUGUUGAAUGUUAAACAAGUGAUGGAAAUCUUAAAAUAUAAGAGAUACUUUUUUUUUCACCAGCCAGUAACGGCUAAUUCAGCAGCACUUCGACACUGAUACAAUCUUUGUUUUUUUUUCUCUUUCUCUAAUUAAUCGCAUAGUAUUAUUACACCUGCGUCAGAUAGAUCAGCUUCCUUGUGCCAGCUCUUCCUCUUCCUCUUCCUCCUCUCCAUCAGACGAGCGUGGCUAAGACCCGCCACAGUCCAGUGAGUGUGUCUGUAGCUAGCGACCGCAGCAGUGGCCGUGGUUGUGAUGUGGGAAGGGACGAUAUGUUGGCCAGGGCCUGCUCUCAUCAGACCUGCGCUGCUAAGCCACCGCAGGGUUUGGACACGCGGAUGGGCGUAGCAUUAGCGCCGUUAAUCUGCCUCUCUAGGCCGCGGGUCAGAGCUCCCUAAAGCAGCAAUCACUUUUUUUUUCCUCCCUCCCUUCCUCCCUUCCUCCCUUCCUCCCUCCCUCCCUCCACCAGCCCUUUUCCAUGUAAGCGGCAAGCCCUAGGCACACAUGCAAGACUUAGAUGAUUAUUUUCAUGCCCAAGCUCCCAGCUGGCGUCAUGAUGUCACGAUUACGUAAGAGGAGUGGAACCGAUGUUGAUGUUUCUUUUCAAGUUGUUUUUAUUUCUGUGUGUGUGUGUGUGUUUUGUGUGUGUGUGUGUGUGUGUGUGUGUGUGUGUUGGUUGUGAGAAGGAUUGAGAGAUGUCCAACAUGCUCUGACAUUUUUUUUUGAAGUGUUACCGUCUAAAAAAAAAACUAAAAAAAAAGCAAGAACAAGAAAUCAGAUGUACGUGAUGGGAAUUUGAGUUGAUGAUGAAUUUCAAGGAAUGUUGUUGAAUAAUGCGAUCUGGUGUGCGUCCAUGGGAACGAAAACAGACCAAAUGCUGACCUCUGCAUGAUUAAUUCCCUCUGUGGUCGCCACAAAACAUAAAUAAACAUUUGCUUUCAC